AUGCCCACAUUCAAUGGGUCUCUAAUGUACUUUGGUUGCUUGUCUGCACAGUAUACAAAUACGACUCUUAUCCCGUUUCAUUGCUCAAUAAAAGCCUGGAUGUCAAUUGGUUUCUUUAACUUGUUCAUUAAAUCCAUUGAAAAUGAAGCCGUUCUGUCUGCUACCCUAGAUCAUCUCCCUGAAAUGACCUUAGUAGAUGUAUCAGAUAAAUUACCUGCAGUAAAAAAAUGUCCACAAAUGACAACUUGGAAACAACGUGACCAGAACAAUAUUGUCAAAGUUAAACCAUCUAUCACCGUCAAUGAUAAUCAUCAUGAUGUCAAUGAUAUUAAUCGAACUCCAUCUGAAAAAACAUCACCUACACCAAAUCUACCUCAAGGAUCAGUGACUUCUUGUCCUUGUGGUAAAAGUAUCUCAAUGUAA